GGCGGGAAUUAUUCGCACCCGUUUCCAUUUCCACCCUCUCUCUCUCUCUCUCUCUCUCCCGCACGCGCCCACAGGGACGACGACGCCGACGGCGGCGACCGCUGCUUCCUCGCCGCGGCGCCGCGAACCCUAAACCCCCGCGCCGAUCCAUGGAGAACGCCGCAGGCGCCGAGCUUCUCUCGCCCGCGGAGGCCGAUUGGCCGCCCGACCUCCGGCUACCCCCGCCGCCGCCAGCACCGGCGGUGGGGAUGGACGAUUCGCAGUUCCUGGGGUCGAUCAUCGGGGAGGUGCCACCGGCGCGGCAGGGUGCGGCGGAGGCGGCGCCGGUCGGGGCGAAGAGGAAGAGGGGGAGACCGCCGAAGAAGAGGGACGGGGCGGCGGUGGUCGCGGCCGCUGCGAAGCCCGCGAGGGCGAGGAAGGAGGACGAGGACGAGGUCGUGUGCUUCAUCUGCUUCGACGGGGGCAACCUCGUCGUGUGCGAUCGGAGGGGAUGCCCCAAGGUCUACCAUCCGGCGUGCAUCAAGCGCGACGAGGCUUUCUUCCAGUCCCGGAGCAAGUGGAACUGCGGUUGGCACAUAUGCAGCAGCUGUGAAAAGGCAGUGCACUACAUGUGCUACACUUGUACGUACUCCCUCUGUAAACUGUGCAUCAAGCAAGGUAAAUUCUUCAGUGUAAGGGGGACCAAGGGCUUCUGCGACACAUGUUUUGUGACUAUACUUUUGAUAGAAUCCAAGGACCAAGGUGACAUAAAGGUUGAUUUUGAUGACAUAAACAGUUGGGAAUACCUGUUCAAGCUUUAUUGGUUGGAUCUGAAAGGGAAGCUUUCAUUAACAUUGGAAGAACUUACUAGUGCCAAGAACCGAUGGAAUGUUCCUAACACUUCUGCUAGGAAAGAAAAAGAGGAGUCAUCCGAUGACCUAUAUGACGUUAAUAAUGACGAUGAUGCUGGUUCUGACUGCUCCUUAGGAAGACAAAGGCGGACUAAUUCUUCAAGGAAAAAGGGUCGAAAACGUCAAAAGGUAAAUUCAGAUUGUAGCAUUGCUGCAAAAAAGAUUGAGCCUGCAACUAGAGAUUAUGGGAGCCUACCCACGAAAGUACCAUGUGAAGGGGUCUCCUUGCCAGUAAACACAAAAUGGGCAUCGCCAGAGCUAUUGGAGUUUAUAGGGCACAUGAGAGAUGGUGAUCAAUCUUAUAUUUCUCAAUUUGAUGUUCAGACUCUUCUGCUUGAAUACAUCAAGAAGAAUAAUCUUCGUGAUCCUCAGAGGAAAAGCCAAAUUGUUUGUGACGCGAGACUUCACCGCUUGUUCAGGAAAGCGCGUGUUGCCCACUUUGAGAUGUUAAAGCUUUUGGAAAUGCAUUUUCUUACAAACGAGACUUCAAGAAUAAAUGAUGAUAGCCAAGGGGCCGUCAAUUCUAGUUCAGCUCAAAUAGAUACCAAUGGAUACAAUGACAUGGCAGCAAAAUUGUCUCCUGAUAAGAGGAGGAGGAUGCAUCGAAAGAUAGAAAGAGAACCACAGGUUAAUCUUGAGGCUUAUGCAGCAAUUGAUAUGCAUAAUAUAAAUUUAAUUUACAUGCGCCGUAGCUUAAUGGAGGAUCUAAUUGAUGAUGCCACAUUCUCGGACAAAAUUCAUGGUGCUUUUGUGAGGAUAAAAAUUUCUGGUGUUGGUCAGAAACAGGAUAUGUAUCGUUUGGUGAAAGUUAUUGGAACACACAAGGUUCCAGAAAAAUACAGUACUGGAAAGAAGAUGACAAAUUUGGCACUUGAGAUAUUAAAUUUAAAAAAAGAGGAGAUUAUCACGAUGGAUACCAUAUCUAAUCAGGAUUUUACAGAGGAGGAAUGCAAACGCUUAAGGCAGAGCAUGAAGUAUGGUCUAAUUAGCCGACUAAAAGUGGGAGAUAUUCAAGAGAAAGCCAAGAUUUUCCAAUCUGUAAGAGUGAAUGACUGGUUGGAAAAUGAAAAGCAGAGGCUGGGGCAUCUUCGUGACCGUGCAAGUGAAACAGGGCGCAGAAAGGAACUUCGAGAGUGUGUAGAAAAGCUGAAGCUUCUCAACAAUUCUGAAGAAAGAACUCGCAGAAUAAAUGAAGUUCCAGAAGUGCAUGUUGACUCACAUAUGGAUCCUAAUUACGAGUCUGAUGAAGAAAUGGAUGACCAGAAAGCUGUUGGAAGGAAUGUAAAUUGGACAAGGUCAGAUACAUCCAUAUCACGUCGAAAAUCAAAAUAUCCAAAGGCUAUGCAAAAUCAUACACUAAAAUUUUCUGAUGCUAGUCGCCACCCAAAAAAACUGUCCAUGGAAAGUACAGUACGGGGAUCAGGAGCAGGAAGGGCAUUUGAGAAUUCCCAUUCAACAAAUGGUACUGAUAUUCCAAAAUCCAGCACUAAAGUAAACAGCACAAUGUAUGAAGAAGCUGGAUCACUUUCAUCUUCUGGAGUAACAAUGUCAAGUGAUGCGGAGCCAGAGAAAGUCUGGCACUACAAGGAUCCUUCUGGGAAUGUUCAGGGUCCAUUCACUCUUUUGCAGCUGUCCAAGUGGACAAGUUACUUCCCACGUGAUCUGAGAGUAUGGCUUACAUUUGAGAGUGAAGAGAGAUCAUUGUUGUUGACUGAAGUGCUUUCAAAACAACAGAAAGAUUUCACUCAGGCUGCAUCAGUUACUACAAGUAGCAAAGCAACAUCGGCUGGCACUGGACAUAACAGAAACAGCCCAAGUGUGGAUCAGACCAAUGCUCUAUCCCCUGUUGGUUAUAGCAUGGUUAAUUCUUCUGGGAUGACUGUUCAGUCUAAUAAGUAUUCCAUUCCAGAAAAGGAAAGUGUAAACUCUCCGGAUGAUAGUUUGUCAUUCUCAACUAGUUCGGUUCCACCAAAGGGUGCUCAUACUUGGAGUAGCCAAGUGCAAUACCAGACUAAGCAUUCAGCUUUGAUUCAAUCUCAUGGGAGUCCAUGUGGACAGACAGGCUUGCAUCAUGAUGGGGUACAGGGAGGAUGCUCUGGUGAGUCGAACCAUCGUCACAGCAGUGGUGCCCUGUGGAGUCCAACAACGGCGCAGAUGAGUUGUAGUGGACAGGGUAAUGUGGAUUCUCAUGACAAUCAGCAUGCUUCGUGGUCACAAAGUCAACAUGAUUCGAAAAAAAGUUCACAAGGAGGAUCUGUAAAAGAUCUGAAUUCAAGGCUGGAUGCAUCGAAAAAUCUACCUACUCAACGAAUUAGGAGAGAUGGCCCCAGUCCUGCGUUUGCUUGGAGUCCAUCUGAGUCCAGGACCGCUUCAAGUCAGCAUGAAGGCUCUUGCUUAAGUUCAACAACUAAUCCAAGCUUACUCGAUGAACUUCAUUCUUCUAUGGCUUCUGGAAAGCCUAAGAGCUGUGUUCCAGCAACUCCUGUUGAAGACAGAGGUUCAAGUUCACCAUCCGACAUGCUCAGCCACUCGGAAAGAGUUCCAAACUGCAGUCCACAGUCUGCCCCUUCGGCAUCUGCUUCCGAUGUGUUCAAGGUGGAGGAGAUCAUGAAUCAGCAAAGAACACUUGAAGCAGAUACAUCGAAUGCUUCAGUUAAUCAGUCUCCUCAAUCUAAGAUCUUCCCUGUAUCUUCUCCUGAUAACCAAGAUAUUGACCGUGAGUUUCCUAGUCCAACUCCAAGAUCUGAGAAUAAGGAGCCUGCGGUUGACAACUCACGGUUAACACCAGCAUCACCUUCACCUGUUUCUGAUACAUGCAAAAUGGAGGACAUCGUGAAUCAGCAAAAAUUACUUGAGGCGGAUGCAUCAAAUUCUUCAGCUAUUCAUUCUCCUCAAUCUAAGGUUUCCCCUGUAGGUUCUCCUAAUAACGAAGAUCUUGAACAUGAAUAUCCCAGUUCAUCCCCAUGGUCUGAGAACGAGGAGCCUGCUGUGGACAAUUCACUGUUAACAUCAGCAGCUCCCGAAAAUCUAACAAUUACUUCUGCAUUUGCUUCUGAUACAUGCAAGAUGGGGGAGAUUGUGUAUCAGCAAAAAGAUCUUGAAGCGGAUGCAUCAGAUGCUUCACUUAAUCAGCCUCCUCAGUCUAGCAUUUUUCCUGUAUCUUCUCCUGAUAACCAAGAUACCGAGUGUGAAUAUCCUAGUCCAACUCCACAAUCUGAAAAUAAGGAGCCUCUUGUGGACAACUCAGGGUUAAAAUCAGCAGCACCUGAAAAUUUAGCUGCUACUUCUGCAUCUGCUUCUGAUACAUGCAAGAUGGAGAUCUUGAAUAAGAAAAGAACGCUUGAAACAGAUGCAUCAGAUGGUUUUAUUAUCCAGUCUCCUAAAUCUAAGGUGUUCCUUGUAUCUUCUCCUGAUGACCUAGAUAUUGAACAUGAAUUUCCUAGUCCAACUCCUAGAUCUGAGAAUAAGGAGCCUGCUGUGGACAACUCACGGUUAACAUCAGCAGUGCCUGAAAAUGUAGCUAACGUACCUGGCAACUCACCAGACGCUUCUGUAUCGCUAAAAUCUGGUCCUGCAACUGGGGAAUUAAGUGCCACGGAAUCAGAUUUUAGAGGUGAAGAAGAAAUUAUUCAAAAAGAACUAUACAGUGAGUCUACUGUUGUUACAAGAGAGAACAUGGUAAUUAAUGGCUCAUGUGUUGCUGAGUCGAUAGAUGUGUCUGAUGUCUUGGAAUCUUUAAUAGAACAAAGGUGUGGAACUUCGUACAUGCAUGGAACAACAGCAGUGGAGGAUCUCCUUGCCGCUUCAGUGGAGGAAGAACCACAAUGCUCUAGCCCUAUCGCAUUAUCCCCUUGGGGUGAACCUAGUUACUACCAAGGCGAUGCUGUUGAUUCUGCACUCUGGGGUGUCCAAGAUGAUUCGAUCAGUGAUAUGUGGUCAUUGCUUUCUCCAUCUCCCACGCCCCAACCUUCAUCUGGUAUUGGAGCCGAGAGGAGUGACACUCGUGAUAUCAACGAGGUAGCUGUGGCCCAUAGAAAUAGUGAAACUUUUCAAAGAGGACAAACACCAGGGGAGGAAAAUGCGAACCAGGCAAUCUCAGGUGUUGCCACAGAUCAGGUACUGCCUGAGCAGGUCACAUCAAAACCAAAUGAUGUGUCAAUAUCAUCAGUAAACGAGAGUACAGGAGUUUUAGGUUGGCAGCCUUCAGCAGAUCAGAGCUUAUAUGCGGGUACUGAAUGGAGCACUGGCCAAAAUUUUUACUUGUCUAGUUGUGAAAAAGCAGCGUCCUCUAGUAAAAGCUCUUGGGAAGCAUCAAGGAAGCAGGAAUGCACCAAUUCCAGUAUUUAUAGUGCUAAUCGGGGCAGCCACCGCAGUCAUCACCGUGACAGGUACUCUCAAAUAAGUGAAUCUUGGCUUCUUAGUUCAAAUUACUCUAGGAGUAGGUCUGAUAGAUUUGGCACUGGUGGGUCAUCAAGAUCGACUUCGAAGGGGCAAACUAGGGGCGUAUGUAAAUUUCAUGAGAGUGGGCACUGUAGGAAGGGUGCAUCUUGUAGUUACCUACAUCCUUAAUCUCUGCAGUAGAAAAGAGGAUUUGAAAUUCUUUCUCAUAUCUUACCACUUUGUAUAGGCUAAUUACAAUGUAAUCAACAGAGCGUAAAUGACCAUCUCUGCUCCACUACUGUAGCAAGGAGUAUAUGUUUAGAUUUAGCAUAGAGGUAUGAGUUUAUGACCGAAUGCCCUGCCCAAGAAGUAGAUUCAGCUUUUGGGUAUGGUCUGUAUCAUUCUGUUUGGUUCGAUGGAACUGCAUCUGUACCACAACGAUUUCUUCAUGCCUUGAUACGCCUGUUGUAUUGGAGACAUUAGUAUCUGACUGAUUGGUUUAGUUUCUGAUAUUUCUGAUUGACAAAAUGAUGGAGAACACGUUCACUA